AUGCCGACGCAUGAGUGGGACGUUGAUCGCGAACCUGAUCCAGACGCUGAAGCACGAGUCCAAGCAGAAGAGGAUCGCCUUAAAACAUAUCGCACAUGAUGAGAGUCAUAAACUUCGAGAUAACCCAGUCGAGAACUAUUGCGCUUUACAUUUUCCAAUUUGGGAGGAAUGUGCAUGAAGGUUUUUUCAUUCGACUUGGACUUGUGGUUGUCGCCCCCUGCGGCCUAUAGCCGGAUCAGACAGGGUUGCUGUAAUGCUUGAACGUUUUUACUCUGCUAUAAGGAAAUCAUGCGAACGCAGCCAGAACUUCGCAAGCAGACGCUCAACACGAUGAAGACGGUGACAGGGUAUAAGAAUCAACUUGAUCGGCGAGAAAUACAAGACUUCCGAGUGAAAGAUGACGGGUCUUACGAGCUUUCGUGGUCCGAAAAGACGUUUGACCAUACAAACGGAGAAAAUAUUCACCUCGUACCAGCGGUGCCACGGGAAGCUUACCUAAUCAGCCAAGACAACCGCAACAAAUAUCAGGCCCCCGAUAUCACAGCACUGUGGCCGGUAAACCGGGGGGGAAAUACGAUCAGUUCCGAGUUUGUGGAUGGCGCAAACCGCAAUGCAGAGGCCAUGAUCAACACGCUCGGUGACAUCAAUGUCAUUGACGACAAGAACGAGAACGCACUCAUCUUUCAAGGUGCUUCUGUCCAGCCGCUCCCCCCAAGUGAGCAGGAUAUGGCAAACGCUGGCUACAGCAGGUUUCCGCCUCACAUGGUCGACAGUACCCAAGUCGAGACUGCCGAUGACGCAGCAGCUGCGGAGGCACUGCUGCAGCAGCCGUACAGUCAUAUGGUUGUGAAGAAAAACCGAGACGCUCCCAGCGAAGAUCACCCGAAGUCGAAGACGCACGGCGUCUACCAGCACCCGACGUGCGUCAGCGUGCGUCCCGCUAAUAUGGCAACAACGCCAGAUGGUUUGGACACGCUGCUUCCAAAACCGAAUGACGAAAACGAUCCGACGGUGUCAGAGUUCGACCGCAAGGUCGCAACGCAGAGGCAUAUGGGACGAAUGAUUUUGGAAGCUGCAAACACAAACGACCAGGGACAAGACACUACAGACCGGCGGGAGGUCGUGUCGUACGUGAAGCCGGGACGUGCAGCGCGAGACGCCGAGAGGCAGCAGCUCGAGAACAACUUCGGAUUGACAAAUCCGUAUGAUCAAGGCGCCGUGCAGCACUUGCUGCGCGCCAACCAUCCUGGCAACCCGGAUCCGGUCCCCAAGUACAUACAGGACCAGAAAUCUAAAAAGAAGUUUGUAGGAACUCCAACCAUGAAGGCUUGGGGCGGCAGACGUGCGUACGCGCGGUUUCAAGGAGUGUUGCAGCGCCGAACCCACGUGGACCGCCACGCCAUCCAAGCAAACCCCAACUACAUGGGCGGGGGCAGAAUGACGGACGAGGAGCGCAUCGCCCGCCUGCGGUUCCCACAAUUUCGCAACCCGGCUAGCUGAGCGCGGUUCUAGAUAAUUCGCGCCGCCGAUAGUUGAAGCCGAUCUUUUCAAAGAGUUGUUUUAGAAAUGACGCAAGAGGGCCUGUCUGGCCAGAUACUUAGCCCGAAGAUACCGCGCGAGCCGUUUCGUCACGCGCUUACUCAUGUCGUGCACGUAGUGCGAAAAUAUUUUUCUGCGAGACGAGAUGGCGCCGCUCUGUCCCAUGGGCUGUCGAGCUCACUUGAGAAUUGAUGGAUGUAAGUGCACUAUGUCGAUUCUUGUUUUCCUUCCAAGAACGAAAAGUUCUUCAAGAAGCUAUGGAUAAUUCUAUUUAUGUAUUGAAAAUACGCAUCUGUGGCCUUUAGUCACAUCUCUUUUAGUAGUAAAUUAUAAAUACGUGGCUUCAUCAAAUAAAAGCGCGUCUGAGACCUUAUCCGCGACUGUUUUUGCACAAGAACUUUUUUUUUUCAAUGUAGCAAUUGUGGAAAAUCGCCGCUUUUGUGGAAGGGCCCCUGUGCCCACGUAGAAACUUCAAAAACUCGCACUACGUAGUUUUUUGCGUUUUGGCCGUCUAUUUCGUUGAUGGUCAGCAAUCAGGAUAUAGAAAUUCAGAGCGAAGUGGAAAUCUAAGGCCAGAUAAAUAUUCUUCGACAUACCAAAUCCAAAGAACUCCACAGAAGUUGUCGGAAAACUAUGGCCUCCAUGGUGGCUGCAAGUUGCGGCUCCUUGUACAAGGUUAGAGAAGCACCAUUUAGGGGCCGAGACGGACCAAGAUUGCACGUAGCAGCCUUUGAUGGAAUUGUCGCGUCAGUAUUGGCCAUGCGCAGUAUGGAUGCGCUCUUCGAGCUUUUUAGAGAGGCAACGGGGAUUAAGAAUUGCAAUUUGGUGUAUCAUAGCAGGCCAGGAUAUCAUUUAUAGAGCGGAUCGCAGUUGCCAUUUAGUGAGCGGCGGAAAAUGCAGCCUCU